UUUAAACAAGCAUUUCUAUCUGCCGGUUACUUUUGGGAGCAUAUUACGCAAUUUUCUAUACCCGUUUAUUAUAGCACUUACAUUACUGCUACAAGUGUCUAUUCAACUUUUCCGUGCAUAAAGAGCGACAGAAAGAUAUGAAAUUGAGCACACUCUAAUAAUCGACUAUACAAGUUCUUUAGGGAAGAAGAGAAGGGAAGAAGAAAAAAGAGGAAAUACAACACUCUAGUUCCAGACCGUCAUUUUGAUUCAUCUAUAAUUUUCUCGAACGAUAAACAAGGCAAACCCCACACCACCCACAAGACAAAGAUCCAAAGAGCAAUGCAAACAGGACGAAGAGGACACCCCAGCCGCCAACCCCGAGGCGACUCAUCCGAGCGCGGCAGCAGAGGUCGAGGCCGAGGAAGAGGAAGAGGUCCAUCCGACAACUCCAGAGGCUCCCGUGGCUCCCACCGUGGUGCCCGCCCAUCCCCAGCAUACAGCCCCGUCCCCCCCUACGCCUCUAUCCACCCCGGCACCCCCGUCUCCCUAAUCCUCAAACAAGACCAACCGACCGGCCGCCGCGUCUCCGGUAUCGUCGCUGACAUCCUAACCCGCGGCGACCAUCCGCGGGGUGUCAAGGUGCGCCUGCGAGAUGGUCGCGUGGGCCGCGUGCAGAGUCUUGUUAGUGAGACUGAGGGGGAGAGCGGUGAGGCGCUGGCUGGCGGGGCUGACGCAGGGUUAGGGCGGGAUGGGGAGGUAAGAGGUGGCGGGAGGGGGAGAAUGGAGAGGGAUGUUCGGGAGAAUGAUGAGUAUUUUUUCGAUGAGACGAGGCGGGGGGAGGUUGAUGGGGGCAUUUUCGCGGCGUUGGAAGAGGCGGAUAGACGGUAUGAGCAGGGGAAGGGAGGGCAUGGCGGGGGAGUGGAGACGGCGGUUUGUCCGGUUUGUGGGGUUUUUGAGGGGGAUGAGGUGGCUGUUGCCAGACAUGUUGAAAGUCAUUUUGGGGAGUAGAUGGGGAGGAUAUUUGGGGGAAGAUGGGUGAGGUAUAGGGUUUUAUGGAUUG